AUCCGACCUAUCAAACACCGCGUAAACGCUCCACGAAGCAUUUACUGUUGUGAGUUUGUACGUAGUCCGGUUCGCUGUUUGUGUACUUUUGGUUCGUAAGCACUUAAAAUCGAUGAACGAAUCACAUGGUCAUGCGUCAGAGCGUACGAAGUACAUGCAUGCUUAGAGGGGGACGACGCACGCAUCUACGAAGGCACACGUGAUGAACACAUUGCCUUUUGUUUGUUGGCAUGGCAUUGCGCUCACGUUCAAUCAUAUAUAAAGCGAAGGGCCCAUCUCCAAAUCCUUCCUACCUAACCUCCAACCAUCUUCGAACAUCAGGAACUUCCGUUAACAUUCAAGCUCAGCCCCACUUACUCGUCAUUGGCCCCGUUGAAAUCGACCAACUCCAAUCACACGAUCCGACUACCAUAAAGCAUCGCUGGAUUUUAAUCCGAGGGACGAGCAGAAAGAGAUCUCCAAGCCACUCAACGUUUUCGACAUUCUCAUGGCUUCAACGGGAGCACACUCAACAGCGCUUGUGCGCAAGCGGACAGAGGCGGAAUUGAUGCCGCCGCCGGCGGCAAAACGAAUCCAACGGCCGAAGCGCGUACUUGACGAAGAUACCUACACCGAAGCGCUUUCACACAUCAUCGCCCGCGAUUUCUUCCCCGGACUGCUCGAAAGCGAGACACAGCAAGAGUAUCUCGACGCGCUAGAAUCCAAGGACGAAGAAUGGAUCGAAAGUGCCAGCCGCCGUCUCGGCCAAGUCAUGACCCCUGGUCGACGCCGAACACUCGCCACGCCUGCCAUCGCAGGCAGGACACCCCGCAAUUUUGUCGGUGACACGCCGGCAUCAGUCGCCACCCCCGAGUCGAAUACCACAGCUGCCCCCGGCAAGCAGUCCUCGGUGGAUACCAGCCUCACACUCGCCGCCUUCCAAUCCAGAUACACCUCGGAAGACAACGAAUCCUUUUACAAGCUACUCGACAAGCAAAAUCAGAAGCGCGUCGAGAAAUACGCGUGGCUGUGGACCGGUAACAAGCUGCCUUCGAAACAGCAGCUUAAGCAGAAAGAAGUCGAAGCCAAGCUCAUUGCCCAGCGCGGCACUGGGGCGCUAUCAGACGAUGGCUUCGCCCGAGACAGACUAGCCAUACGAGAUAAAGAUACCGCAGACCGGCCUGCGGCGCCCGAACUCUGGAAGGGCACGAAGCCGCACAACGAGCUGAUGUUUGUCCCGGACGGCAUCGAUGGGAAGCUGGAGACUGUCGCGGAGCGGGCGCAGGCGAAGAGUGCGGCAGCACCGAAGCGGAUUGUGUAUGAGAACACACGUGUGCCGCAGCCUGUGCAGAAAACAGCCACCGAGAAAAUAUCACGGCCAGGAUCUCCAUCGCCAUCCGAGAUCCGACUGGCUAUUGCUGGCAACCGGAGGGACUGUGACGCGGAAUCGAGCGUUACGGGUGGGGGUGGGGUGACGCCUAGGGUGAACGGUUAUGCGUUUGUUGAUGAUGAGGAGCCAGAGCCAGAGCCGGUACGGCCCAGGAGGGAAAGGCCGUUGUUUAUUGAUCUUGGCCCCGGAGACGCCACACCAAAUCCGUUUCAGAUCCCGGAGCAGAGGAAGAGGGAAGCACUACAUCAUCGCAUGGUGGAAAGGAUCUCGCAAGCGAAGCGAACAUCAGCGAGGUUGGGUGUCACAGGCAAGGUGGAGCGCACGCCGGUACCGAAGUUUCCGAGCAGUCCGAGAGUGUCGGCUGGUGGGUUGACGCCUGCUGGGCAAAGGCUAUGGGGGAUGAUUGGUGGCAGUGAGAGGAGCCAAGCGGAUUCGCCAUUCAGUGCUUCGGUGAAUUUCACGCCGAAGGCUACACCGCGGCCAAACGGCUCAGGAUUGAGGAACAUGGCAAAGUAGAGCGUGGCUUUUGUGUUAGAAUAGAUGAGGCGUCUGGUUUAGGAAUCCUUGCUGAUACCCGGGGUUCGAUCAAAUAAAUUUCAAGAUUAACAUAGAAG